UAAAAGCUUGGACAGCCAAAAAAAAAAAAAAAAAAAGAAAAAAAGAAAAAAAGAAAAGCCUUUUAUUUUAUUUUAUUUUUUUUGAUCUUCAUCCCUUUUGUGGCUUUUGUGUGUGCUUCUUGUUCUAUUUUUCUUCUCCUGUGUGAGUUGUAAUAAUUGCUCUAGAGGCUCCCAUGGAUGUCAUCGAACCCGGCGAGGCAGCAGUGACGACUGAGGCGGGAGAUGCUCAUGAAGUUGGUGACAGUGGUGGUGGGGGUAGUGGAAACGGAUCGAAUUCCGGCGAAGAAGAAAAGGGGUCAUCUUUGUUGUUGUUCGAAGAUGGUGAGAAGAAUUUUGGUGGGAAUCGAUGGCCAAGACAAGAGACUUUGGCUUUGUUGAAGAUAAGAUCUGAUAUGGAUACAAUUUUUAGAGAUGCAACUCAUAAAGCUCCAUUAUGGGAUGAAGUUUCAAGGAAAUUAGGAGAGCUUGGAUUCAAUCGAACUCCAAAGAAAUGCAAAGAGAAAUUUGAGAAUGUUUAUAAAUAUCACAAGAGAACCAAAGAUGUUAGAAGUGGGAAAUCCGAUAAUAGCAAAAAAGUUUAUAGAUUUUCAGAUGAAUUGGAGGCUUUCGAUCAUCCUUCUAGCCAUCAUCAAAAUCACAUGUUACUUCAAUCUCACCAUCACCACCACCCGUUACCACCAACGCCAACGCCACCGCCACCACAAGUUCUUCCUUCGACGACGCCACCGCCGUCUUACAACCCUCCCGCAACCAAAACAAUCAGCUCUACUGUUCCAUCCACCAUGAAUAACACUACGACAAACAACACUUUGCCACCAAAGUCCUCUAAUAACCCUCUUUCCAAUUUGCCAAACAUGGCUGCCAAUGUGAUAUUUUCGAGCUCCACAUCGUCAUCGACAGCAUCGGAGGAAGAUCCGUUUCAGAGUAGCAGGAGGAGAAGGAAGAAGAGAAAGUGGAGUGAUUUCUUCUUGAGGUUGACAAAGGAAGUAAUAGAGAAGCAAGAGGGGCUUCAACUAAAAUUCUUAGAAGCUCUAGAGAGAAUAGAGAAUCAAAGAAAAUUGAGAGAUGAAGCAUGGAGAAUGAAAGAGAUGACAAGGGUUAAUCAAGAACAUGAAGUUUUAGUUCAAGAAAUGUCCAUGGCCGCUGCCAAAGACGCAGCAGUGGUCGCAUUUUUACAAAAGAUAGCUCCGUUUUCUUCUCCACCAGUGCCAGUACCACCACCACCGACGACGACUCAACCACAAAACAGCGAGAAUAAUGGAAAGUUGAGCUCCACUAUCGGAAGCCAUGUAAUCUCGAUGACGACGACAAAUGGAAAGGUGAUGAGUAGCAUUAUUGUAGGAAGCCCAUCAAGAUGGCCAAAAGGUGAAGUUGAAGCAUUGAUAAGGCUAAGGACAGAAAUGGAAAUGAAGUAUCAAGAGAAUGGGCCAAAAGGGUUAUUAUGGGAAGAGAUUUCAUCAGCAAUGAGAGGGCUCGGAUACAAUAGAAGCUCAAAGAGAUGCAAAGAGAAAUGGGAAAACAUAAACAAAUAUUUCAAAAAAGUUAAAUAUAGUAACAAGAAGAGGCCAGAAGAUUCCAAGACAUGUCCUUACUUUCACCAAUUGGAUGCUCUUUAUAGAGAGAAAGAGAAAAGUAAUAUGAAUUUUGAUAUCAAUAGCCAAAUGGAGCCAUUGAUGGUUGAACCAGAACAACAAUGGCCACCUGCAUUUCAACCCAAUAGUACUCAAGUCAUGGGAAAUAAUUUACAAAGAAUAAGUGGUGAAGCAAAUCAAGAAGAAGAAGAAGAAGAUGAUCAUGGUGAUGAUGAUGAUGAUGUUGAAGAAGAGGAUAUUGGAGGUAGUAGUAGCACAGAUGUUGAAGAUUGAAGAAAUAAAAAAAAAUUAUGGGUUGUAUUCUUCAAUAAGCAUAUAAUCCAAUACACAACAAUUCAAAAGAGGAAACAAAGGUAUGGCACAAAAAGCAACCAACUUUGACACUGAUGGAAGUCAGAUUUGUAUUACAUGUGCUAAAAGAGCAAAGGGGGAAAAUUGGGUAAUGGGAAAAUUUUUAAAUUUGUACAAUAAUUAAUUAUUGUGUUGUCUAUAGUGGGAUUAAUUUAAUUUUCUUUCCUCUUUCUUCUUCUCUUGUUAUUAUAAUCAAAAGGUUAAAGCUUGCCAAAAUUUUAAA